UUCUUAUUUGUGAAUUUUUUGUUCUUUCUCAUGACGCAAAAUAAUACUUCUUAUCGAGUCCACUUCACAAAGCUAAAUUCGGUUCAGCCAACGCCGAACACAUUUCUCUGCAUCUUCAUUGUACAAUGCAAGAUCGGCAGCUGAUGUGCAAGGGUGUUGUGGAAGAGGGCAUCUCAAAAGGUGCUCCAUAGUUUGUGGCUCUAUGCCACAAUUACACAUGGUGUCAUUGGAACUAUAUCCACACUUGUUGAGUGUCACCUUGGCUCUGCCAACUCUAGUUCUCAGUCUGUUAAAGCAUUUGUACUUUGCCCAGCUUGCGUCCGCACCAGGUGGUAGUUGCUCUCUAGCCAUCAGCCCCAUGGUUGCCGAGGGUGGCAAACCAUUGUUUCUGUCUGCCCACAUGGUGACUCGUGCCUCGCUUGUUGUGUCAUCCUCAAGAGGAAUCACACAUUUCAGAAAACUCUUCCUUGACUACAGGCGACUCUGUGCUGGUGUCUGGCCAAACAUAGGGUGUCUGUAGAACCCCUCUGUAGUAAAACCCCUCUAGAGUGAAGUUUUUGUAGAAAGUAACACCCCCAUAAAAAAUUGGAAUUGGCCAAAGACAACACAGAGUGCAUGUGAGUGUGCCUGGUCACUUUCACAUAUUUUGGCAAAGUGACCAGACGUACUUACAACAGUGUUCUAUUUUGUCUUUGCCCAAUAGAAAUAACGUUACCACAUGACAGCUGGGUAACAAAUCUGGCGAUCUUGCCAGGACGUGGUAAAUGCAUGUGAAUGCAUUACUGCAUGGCAGCUAUCCUCGUGAACGUUCCCGGCAGCAGAUAGUGCCCUGGAACGGCAGGAGGCAGUGAGGACGACCGGUUGGCGUCGGGAGUAAGGGAGACACCUUGACCUGAUUCAGUGACGCAGUUGAGGACGGAGCAGACGAGAGGAUGGAGGCCCUGCUAGCAUUGCAGCAAAGUGUAGUCAGCCAGAUUGGCUGCCUGCAGGAGGAGCAACUACAGCAGGUGUGCACAAAGCUGGGUGUUGAUGAACACACUGCCAGCAAGGAAAGUGCACGCCUGGCCCUCAUCCGGAGGUUGACCCGCCACCUUAACAGCGAGACCAUCGAAGACAUGGAGGACAAAGGUCAAAAGGUCUUCGAAGACCUUCGUGACUUCCUGAAGACCAUCACUCCAGGAACGUCAAGCGCCUCCACAGACCCCCCAGCCACCCCAGAGUCAAGCUCGACAUCCACAGCGGAACCGGCCCCCAGCCCCCCUGCCCUACCAGUGAACCAAAUGGUUGGCCUACUGAAGAAGGAGUUUCGAAUCAGCGGCCAGGUUGGGGAGCCUGGUCAGAAGGACCGGCUCUCCCACAGUAAUCUCAUCAUGCAGAUUGAAAGCGGUUUGCGGAAAUCCUACAAGGAGGUUGAGAUUGUAGAGGCUGUCAUCCGGUCCAUCAGCCCAGGCAUGCGCUUGAGGAGCUACCUGGAGAGCAAAGAGGGGCUAACCUUGCCAACCCUUCGGGAAAUCCUUGAAGCGCACUAUAGAGAGGGGAACGCCACAGAAAUGUACCAAGAACUCUCGUCUGCCUCGCAAGGGAGUACGGAGUCAGCACACGAUUUCUUGGUGAGGACCCUCGACCUCCGACAGAAGAUCCUGAAGGCAUCAAAGAUGGAGUCCACCAUCAAGUAUGACCCUGGACUGGUGCAGAACAUGUUUCUGCACUCAUUGAAUACUGGUCUCCAAAACGACAACAUUCGAGGCGAGCUGAAGCCAUUGCUCUUUGACCCCACCACCUCAGACGAAUCUCUCUUUCGACAACUUAAGAUUGCAGAAGGGAGGGAGAUCGUGAGACUGGCCAAACAGAAGAAGGCCAAGACAGCCGUGAAAGUCCAGGAAGUGAAUGCCGUGGAAAAGCAACAGCUGGACCUGAUGAAGCAACUUCAACAAGAAGUGGCUGCUCUCAAAGUUUCCAACAAGCAAGCAGCUGAGAAGCCCAAGUCCAGUGAAGGCGGCAGCAGAAACCCUCCAUCACGCGAAUGGGGCUGCAAUAGCUGUCGUCAAGCUGGGAAGGGUCCAGAGUGUGACCAUUGCUUCUCCUGUGGCAGCUCUGAGCACUUCAGAAGGGGCUGCAAGCAACGGAGACAGACCAAGCAGUCGGGAAACGGCAGCAGGGCGAGCGGAGGGGAUGCGUAACUGCCCUGACCUCACAACAAUCCCC